CCACAGUAGGAGCAGGGUGAAAAGAAGAAGGGAGAGAGGGGCCUGAUCGCCUAAAAAUGCCACACGUAAAUAAAUAAACCAAGAGAUUAUUCAGAGAUCGAUUCGCUCGCAGAAAGCGGCGGCGCGGCUCAACUCGUGUUCGUACCAAGAGCAUCCGACUCACCCACGCACCGCUGUAAACUUGCAAGAAGAGAAGGAGAGUAGCAAGAAAGGCUGAGAGCUAGCUGCUGUUGCCGUUGCACUAGGUCGGGGAAGAUAUACGCAGCACAGUGCGAUCGAAUCAGUAGCAGCGGGCAAGGCAUUGGCAGUGGAGGGAGAUGCGGGCGGGGGGGUACACGGUGCACCAGUCGCUCACCGCGGAGGCGGCCGCGGUGGUGAAGAUGUCGCUGGCGCUGGCCCGGCGGCGCGGCCACGCGCAGGUGACGCCGCUGCACGUGGCGUUCACCCUCCUGACCGGCUCCUCUUCGCCGUCGUCCGCGCACCACCACCAGCAGCCGGCCUUGUCGUCCUCGUACGCGCACGGGCUCCUGAGGCGCGCCUGCGUCAAGUCCCACUCGCUGCAGUGCCGGGCGCUGGAGCUCUGCUUCAACGUCGCGCUCAACCGGCUCCCCACCACCGACGCGGGCUGCUCCCCUCCGUCCUCGUCCUUGUCGGCGUCCAUCAUCCACCAGUUCAACAACCCCACGCUGUCCAAUGCGCUCGUGGCGGCGCUCAAGCGCGCGCAGGCCAACCAGCGGCGCGGAUGCAUCGAGCUGCAGAGCCAGCUGCCGCCGCCGCCUCCCACGGAGCAGCAGCAGCCUCUUGUCGCCAUCAAGGUGGAGCUGGACCAGCUCGUGGUCUCCAUCCUCGACGACCCCAGCGUCAGCCGGGUCAUGCGGGAGGCCGGCUUCUCCAGCGCCGCAGUCAAGAGCAACAUCGAGGAGGAGAGCGCCUCCAUGCUCGCACACCACCACCACCACCACCAGUCCGCGUCCGUCGCCCUUAUCCGGCCUCACUUCUUCAACGAGCCGCACAUUCUCGACUUCCCCACCAAUGGCGGCUUCGGGACGCCGUUCUCGAACCAGGCGCCUGACGGCGUCGUCGGUUCGUCGUGCAAGGAAGAGGACGUGAGGGCGAUCUUGGAGGCGAUGAUGCGGAAGCAGGGGGGUAGAAGAAGAGCCAACCCCGUCGUGGUCGGCGACACGGCUUCCGUGGCCGAGGCGUCCGUGGGCCAACUGAUGAGGCGCCUCGACAGGGGCGACGUCCUCCCGGACGAGCUGCGAGGCGCGCGCGUGCUCAGGCUCCACCACCAACCCCGGUUCAUGACCCGCGCCGACUUGGACGCCAGCGUGGCCGAUCUGCGCCGCCGGAGCGCCGACGCCACGGCCGGCGUGAUCAUCUACGUCGGCGACAUUCGCUGGGCCGUCGACGACGCAGGGCUCGCGGAGCACAUGGCCGCCGAGCUCGCGCGCCUGCAGGGCGAGCUCAUGGCCGCCCGGCGCGGGCGCGCCUGGCUCGUCGCGGCCGCGAGCUACAAGACGUACAUGCGCUGCCGGGGCUCGCCGCUGGAGGCCGCCUGGGAGCUACAGCCGGUUGUCGUGCCCGCCGGCGCCGGCAAUGGCCUCGCACUCGGCCCACGCGCCGCCCCUCCGAUUCCUGCAGCCCCAAGCGGCAUGAAACAAGGCCAGAUCAACAGGGUUCCUGAGGUUCCUGUGUGGGACCAUGCAUCAGGAGAAGAGGAUGAUGUGCCGGCCUUGUGUGCCGAGUGCGCCAACAGCUACGAGAAGGAGGCCUCGGCAGUGAGGGCGAAGGCACAAGACAUCACACUUGCACUGACCUAUUUCCCCGGUUGGCCACGAGCAGAUGAGCCCCAAGCAUCAGACAAGGAUGAGUUGCUGGAACUGAAGAUGAAAUGGAGCAGAUCGUGCUGUCAGAUGCUUCACUUGCGCGGCCACCAGCGGCCGAGUAUCACAACAAACGCGUCUCCAAGCCCAUGGUGGUGUGCCUCCUUGCCGAAUAACCAGAACAAGCCAAGAACCGAGCCGAAGCCAAGCUUUGCCGAGCUAAGCUUAAGCUUGCACGCACCUGGCGCCGUCCAUGGCACGAGCAACAGCAGCAACCAGGACGUCAAGACUACGCUGAGCCUCCUCCUUCCAGACUCCAGCGAGGACCUGAACGCGAAGCCGACGGGGCAGGAAUCACGCGCUGUCGUUUGCUCCGGCGAGGUGGAUAGCAACCGAUUGUCAUGGUACGGCGUCAGUGAGCUUCCAUUUGGUUACCUCAAGAGGGAGGCGGAAGGGGCGCUGGUGCCAUCUUCAGGCGAAUCCAAGCGCCGGCGACAUGUUAGGGGCGGCGGCCUCGACCUGAACCUCUGCGCUGACGAGGAGGAGAACACUGGUGAUAGCGAAGAGGAUUAUCCUGUUCCGAGCAACUUGACGCACGAAUGCGAAAGCUACGGCGAGGCGGGGCACCACACCAGCAGUGAUGAGAGCCACGAGUAGGCUGAGUUUCUUGGUGAUCAGAUGGUUCAAUGGGCCGUUGCAGCUCGCAGCGUUCAAACUGUAAGAUUGGCGGGAAGGGGAGAGGUAGGUAGGGUGAUAGUGCUAGUACAGGUCUUGGUUCGUGGGGGCGGUCUCCUAGGCUCCUAGUACCCGGUAGGAUCCAUGUGGACUGGAACUGGGCUCAGCCACUCACAGACAUGCAUGGGCUCCCAACUUUUGUUCUCUUCUUUGUGUCCAUGGGCUCUUCACUCUUAGAUUCAUAGUUGCCCAUGGCGUAUGCUGGCAUCAUUGGUUUUGGUUUGUGCUCAAGUUUAAA